GAACGGCUUUCUCGUAACUUGGAGCUCACACUCACUGCCCACACUUCCAAACACGUUAGAAUUACCUGUGGCUGCUGCUGGCCGCUGUCAUGGACCGCAUUAAAGACGGCUGGUUUACGGAGUCCUGCGCGUUGUGGCCAGGCCAAGCAAUGAGCCUCCAAGUGGAAGAAAUUCUAUACCACCAGAAAUCCAAAUUUCAGGAUGUUCUGGUUUUUAAAAGUAAAACGUAUGGGAACGUGUUGGUGCUGGACGGAGUGAUCCAGUGCACGGAGAGAGAUGAGUUUGCCUAUCAGGAAAUGAUUGCCAACCUUCCUUUGUGCAGCCACCCUUGCCCCAAGAAGGUGCUGAUCAUUGGUGGGGGAGAUGGUGGUGUGCUGAGGGAGGUGGUGAAGCAUCCACUGGUGGAAUCGGUGAUUCUCUGUGAGAUUGAUGAGGAUGUCAUCAAUGCAUCAAAGAAGUAUCUUCCUGGAAUGGCCAAAGGCUUUUUCAGUCCCAAGCUCACCCUCCAUAUUGGGGAUGGCUUUGAAUUCAUGAAGCAAAACCAAGAUGCCUUUGACAUCAUUAUAACCGAUUCCUCCGAUCCAGUGGGACCUGCAGAGAGUCUGUUUAAGGAGUCUUACUAUAAGCUAAUGAAGGCAGCACUGAGGAACGGUGGCAUACUUUGCUCUCAGGGAGAGUGUCAGUGGCUACAUUUGGAGCUGAUAAAGGAGAUGCGAACCUUCUGCAAAACCCUGUUUCCAGUGGUGGACUAUGCUUACAGCACCAUCCCAACUUAUCCUAGUGGCCAAAUUGGAUUUAUGCUCUGCAGUAAAAACCCUGAAAUAAACUUCAGGGAACCGGUGAAAGCUCUGUCUAAGGAAGAUAUGGAAAGUAUGAACCUUAAAUACUACAACCCUGAAAUCCACAAAGCAGCAUUCGUCCUCCCUGAGUUUGCGAGAAAGGUGCUUAAUGAAGCGUGAGCUGCAACAGCUGGCACGUUUCUUCUCUGCCUGGCUCUGACCACCUCCUCGUUCCAUGACUUCUCAACAUAGGACCGCAUCACUCAAGAGAAAUCAGCUGGUGGGAACUUGCUGAGUUAUUUGUCUGUUUCCUUCUUUCAGUCUCGAUGCCUUUUUACCGUUUACUUUCUUUCUGUUUUGUGUUUGUCCGAUCAAUAUUCUGUGGAUACCAGUAAGAUAAGCUGGUCUGAGUGGGCAGACCGAUGCCAUCAGAACCUGACCUCACUCCGAAACAGUGUACUGUUUUAAUUGUUCAACUGUAUCUGCACGUCAUGCAAUAUGUUACCAUACGGAGUAUAUUCUAUACUGCACAUGUGUGAUCUGCUGCAUAUUUAUCCAUGAUGUUUGUGUUCAUAUGAAAAUAUGCAGUGUCUAUUUAUCAUAACUGGGCAUUCAGGUUACUACUUAUUCUCUAACACCAGAAUCCUUUAGUGCCAGGUGUUAGUACUAUGUUACAGAAGGGAGGGGGAUAUACAUAUUCUGUAUCUGUCAUAAAGUACCUGACAGGUGAGUCCUGCACAAAAGCUCGAGAGCCAAGAGUUGAGAACAUUUUUAACUUUUGUUCAUGUUUGACCAUUUAUUUAAAAUAAAAACGGUUUGUAUUGUUACAGGGCAAAUCAUAAUAAGAUCAAAUGAGUUUAUGGAGCAGUGCAAGAAAUGCCUUUUUUUUUUUUUAAAGAAAUUAUGCACUUAUAGUUUGCAGAAUUGGGCAUUACCCUCUAGUAGAAUAUUGUCAUUGUAGUGAACCCGUACUCUAACUGGAGGUGGAAAUCUAAUGCAUAAUCUUAGCUAUUUCAUGUAAAAGCUAAUUUACUACUUAAGUCAGCAGUAGCUUUGAGUCAUGAUGUCACAC